UGUACCGUAAAGAGACCGCGCUUCACCGAGGAACCGAUCGAAUCCGACCCUACUGCUCUCAUCCCUCACAGACCAUCAGAAAGAUGCUGAUUAAAGAAUUUCGUGUGAUCCUACCCAUUUCUGUGGAGGAGUAUCAGGUAGGUCAGCUGUACUCAGUAGCAGAGGCCAGUAAGAAUGAGACAGGGGGAGGAGAGGGUGUCGAGGUCCUGAAGAAUGAACCAUAUGAGAAAGAUGGAGAAAAAGGCCAGUACACACACAAAAUCUAUCAUCUGCAGAGUAAAGUUCCAUCCUUUGUGCGAAUGUUGGCACCAGCGUCAGCUCUCAACAUUCACGAAAAAGCCUGGAACGCCUACCCAUACUGCCGCACAGUCAUCACAAACGAGUACAUGAAAGAGAAUUUUCUCAUUAAGAUAGAGACAUGGCAUAAACCCGACAUGGGGCAUCAGGAGAACGUACACGGUCUGGACCCUGAUACCUGGAAAAAGGUUGAUGUUGUGUAUAUUGAUAUUGCUGACAGGAGUCAGGUAGAGCCAAAGGAUUACAAACCAGAUGAAGACCCAGCCAAGUACAAAUCUGCCAAGACUGGUCGAGGGCCCCUGGGACCUGACUGGAGGAAAGAAUUGCCAAAAAAGACAGAAUGUCCACACAUGUGUGCCUACAAACUGGUAACGGUCAAGUUCAAGUGGUGGGGACUGCAAAACAAAGUAGAGAAUUUCAUUCAAAAGCAAGAGAAGCGCUUGUUUACCAAUUUCCAUCGGCAGCUUUUCUGCUGGAUUGAUCACUGGAUCGAACUGAACAUGGAUGACAUUCGCCGGAUGGAGGAGGAGACCAGAAAGGAGCUGGAUGAGAUGAGAGUGAAGGACCCUGUAAAAGGGAUGGUGGCUCUUGAAGACUGAACCUUCUGUAUAUAGAUGAAGUGUGCUGCUGUUUGUAUUGGUGUGUGACAGAGGUGCCGGCCACAUUGCGGUAUCACGAAAAUACAGUAUAGGCUUUCCCUGUUGUCACAUGUUAGAAAAAAACCCUUAAAACACAAGACUUGAUUUUAAUUAAUUACUGGCCUCAUGUUAUAUGAUUGUGAAAGUUUUAAACCCCACGUAUUUUGUCUUUUGUCUUUUACCUACUUUCAUACGUAGUACAUAGGAUGUUGAUCUCUAUGUGUCUCUAUAGCUCUCAGUUCUGUAGACACCAGCGGCGUCGCUCUUCAGACAAACAGGAUGAAAAUCUGUUAUAAAAUGUUAUUGUUUUAAUGUAAAAUAAUACAUUACACUUCGCCACCCUAAAAUAAUACAUAGUAUUAUUAUUAUUGUUCAUUUCUCCUUGUCUGACCAGGCUAAAGUUAGCAAGUGGAACAAAACCAACAGACAAACAUUGUGUUUUUUUGUGAUUAUUUAUAUGAAGAAACAAAAAUGAGAUAAAUAUAUCUAUACAUAUUAGGAAGGGGGUUGUCAGAGCUGUGUGAACAAUUUUUUAUCAUAAAUAUUAUCAUGUUCAUUCUCAGAUGUGUUUCGAGGACCAAGCUGACUUUCCUUAUUAAUGUUCUGCCAUCGUGUAAACUAUAGUUCUUAAAAACCAUUCAUUAUAUUUUCUGUAUAUUUAAGGUGGUGUGAGGAAUUCUUUUGGAACUACACUUAAGAACAGAAGUAAUGAAAUGUACUUUUGCUUGUCAGUGAGGUG